UGUAAGUGACAUUUGAUAUCACAUGAGAAAACAAUGUACUGAACUUUACUGUUUCUUGUCUGUGUAUAACAUAUUAUAGGGUACACUGGGGCCAUCCCACUUCUGACACCAAUAUAGCUAAACCAAGGCAAACAUGCUAUUCACCCACAAGAGAGACCUCAAGAGAUAUAUUAUACUGUUCAUGCAGACUAUUAGGCAACUAGGGUGUUAUAAUAUAUUUUCAUCAUCAAACCAUGAGGGUUGUUAAAAGGAUACGUGAUUUCUUAUUCCACAGCCUUAUUCUGUGAUUCUAGUAGCCUAGUUCUAAAGUUAAUAUACAAGUUACAGUACACAUAUAAUGAAUUAAAAUAUUUUUAAUUCCAGAAUAAAACAAUAUCAAAAGGGUAUGCAACACCUGAGUUGUAGUUGCAUUUCUGCCACCUGGUGGUUUUAUAGAGAAAAGACAGCUCUCCCCAAGACCAGCAUACCACACUGCAUACCACUACUGGCUUGCUUCUGAAGCUAAGCAGGGUUGGUCCUGGUCAGUCCCUGGAUGGGAGACCAGAUGCUGCUGGAAGUGGUGUUGGAGGGCCAGUAGGAGGCACUCUUUCCUCUGGUCUAAAAAAUAUCCCAAUGCCCUAGGGCAGUGAUUGGGGACACUGCCCUGUGUAGGGUGCCGUCUUUCGGAUGGGACGUUAAACGGGUGUCCUGACUCUCUGAGGUCAUUAAAGAUCCCAUGGCACUUAUCGUAAGAGUAGGGGUGUUAACCCCGGUGUCCUGGCUAAAUUCCCAAUCUGGCCCUCAAACCAUCAUGGUCACCUAAUAAUCCCCAGUUUACACUUGGCUCAUUCAUCCCCCUCCUCUCCCCUGUAACUAUUCCCCAGGUCGUUGCUGCAAAUGAGAACGUGUUCUCAGUCAACUUACCUGGUAAAAUAACGGUAAAAUAAAAAAAAAAUCUCCAUGGACAGACCCCUUCUCCACCUUCUGAUAGAGAUACCAUGUGAAUAGUCUGCAUCACAGGAGACUGCUGAGGGGAGGAUGACUCAUAACAAUGGCCGGAAUGGAGUGAAUGUAAUGGUAUCAAACAUGUGUUUGAUACCCUUCCAUUUAUUUAUUUCCAGCCAGGCAUGCAGGGAACAUUUCCAGCAUAUCUUUUACAUAACCUUUUACUUUCAAAUGGGGAUGUUUAGGAGUACAUGCAAAAUAAUGGUGGUGACCCCUGCUAUUCUAAUGGUUUCCUAUAAACAGAUUUCCCUUUGUGACCGCAGAUACAGGCCAGGUGCUGAGGAGAGUAGAAGAGGUAGAUACAAAAUAUAACGUGGUAUGAGACAGCUCCAUACAGCGUUACAGCUUGGCUAAUGGAAAGCCCAUUUUCAACUAAUCUGUUCUGGGUGAUACUUUCUUCUCGAAUGUCCGUGCCCAGUUGGAGGUGGUUCUCCACCUGUGAUCUGUCUGUUUUACAGAAAAGCCAGGAAGAUGUGGUGAUGGAGAUGGUGAGCCUGGCCAGAGAGACCAUCGGACCAGUGGCUGCUUUCAGGAAGGUGCUGAUUGUCAGACGACUCCCCAAGACCGGCUCUGGGAAGAUCCCUGUGCCAACCUGGUCAACAAGAAGCAAUUCACCUAAUCUAAAUUUAGGAUGAAUUCAACGAGCCCAUUGAAUCAUAUUACAAAACGUGAGACAUUCAGGCCCAAUUUGAGGGAUAGUUGCAUAGAAAUUAAUAAUGGUUGUUUCUGGACAACAAAGGUGGAAUUAUUCAUUAAGAUUCCUGUACAGCUGCCAAUUCAGUUUUCUGGUGAGCCAGUUGUUGGAUAAUUUUAAUUCAUACCACCAAAUUGGAUAAAAGCUUGAGGAUCAUAUCACAUAUCAAAUGUAAUUACAUUUAAACUGAUUUAAUAUAUAAAAUGGCUACUGUGGAAGCGUCUGUCUCCACAGAUCACUCCUACCAUUGAGGACCCAGAUGUGGGCAAGGACAUUGAGGAUGGUGAAACAGGAGCUGAGACCUGCUGGACAGUGACUCUCUCUAGGCUGCUCCUGUACCCUCUAACCUCUCACCUGGGCAGCAGUCUAAUUAGCUAUACUGUCCUUUGCCUGAGUUGUGAUGCUGUGAAUGAACAUUAUAACCUACUGCCUACCGUAGGGGGCCAUCUUCACAAACCAACACUCGACCCCCAAGCAGUAAGCUAUCCAACGGAAUAUGCUUAAGCCCUCAGCAAGAUCCAAAAUAAAAGAUAUUGUGAUUGUAAUGAACACAAGGGGAGACAGAGAACUGGUUUCAAGCACAGGGCGCAGCAGGUGUUUAUUGCAAAGGACCACAGGAGGAGGCAGAAGGUCAUACACAGGGGUCCAAAAGGGUAACAGUACAGGCAGGGAAAAGGCUAGUAACGUAGUCCAGGAGAUCAGGCAAAAGGUAGAUAACAGGAAAUCCAAUAGGCUAAAGUACAGGCAGGGAAUAGGCAAAAGGAAUUGUUAGUGAGGCAGGCAAAAACUAUCAUACAUGAGCCACAUAAAUCACAGGGGGGAAACCCCAGCGCUCAGAACAACACGGGUCACAAUACAAACAAUACAUCACAGUGAUGGGGUGCAAAGAACUGAACUAAAUAGUGUGUGUAAAUGACAUACAGGUGAGUGAACAGGUGAUUAUAAUUCAGGUGAUUGGGAUCUGGAGAGUGAGCUGCGUUCAGGGGAUCUAGGUGUUUGAGAGUGUGAGCUGGAAAGUGAGCUACGUUCAGGGGAUCUACGUGUUUGAGGGUGUGAGUUGGAAGCAGAUGUUACAGUGAUAUCAAUUUUAAAAAAUUUACUUUGCCAUGAACGGGAUCUUUUUCACUUACUAAUACACUGGAGUCUUCAGUGGCCUCUCAGUUAAACUGCACAGGAUCAUGCUGGUGGCCAUCUGGUGGAGAAUACAAGUGAAGAGAACAUAGUGAUGAAUACUCAUUUGAAGCUCUGAACCCCUGAGUUCUUCGAUAGCUCAACAGGUUAGUGCUGGAGUGGCAAGCCAACUCCAACACGGGUUUGAAUGCUAGCUUUGCCGAAGAUGUUUGUAUUUAAGUGUUCUAGACUUGUCUGGUUAAAUAUCACGGAUGAGCCCUUGUCAGGUCUCAGGAGUGGCUCAUGAGGUAUAUGCUGGGUUUUACACACCCAGCACUUCAAGGUCACUUUUCUUGCAAUGUGGGUUUGAGCCCCAUUCAGUCUGUCUCUCCUUCACGGUGAAGUGGGAGGAGGUGUUGCUGGAUCCAGGAUCUGGUAAGUGGGCUGGGGUUGCCCAGGAUGGUGCACUGGUAGGGAUACCCCAUAGGGGAGGGGUAGAUGGGGGCACUGGCUCCCCUGCGGAUAGUGGGGAGGAAAGGAGGGGCUAUUAUUGAAGGUGAAGACAAACAGGGGUAUUAGAGAAUCAGAAAGAACAGGACAAGGGCUAACGCAGGCAUCUACUACAUGUGAGGCACAGGUUCAAAUCCUGCAAUUAUUAUCUUCAAGCCUCUGAUCAUUUGCAUGGUUAGAUAUGAUGUCAUGUCUCAAUGGGUUAAUGCACACUCAAUCAAUUCCUAAACAAUCAGCUCAUUGACAGACACUAUGCGCCACAGAGGUACAGCUCACAGCACUCUUUAAAAAAAAACUUUGACAGCUCUUCCAACCUAUGUGAAAUGAAAAGCAAACGAGACUGAUCUGAGAACCUUGCGCCUGUUAAUAAUCAUGGCAGUAGUCUGAAAUGGUAAUGUUAGUCAUGACCCCAGUCUUGCAAUGUCAUUAAAUAUAACUGCAUUCACUAGAUUUAAUUGCAUACAUCUUCUCAUGUCAUUUCUAAUAUAUUGUAACUAUUCCAAAUUGUUUCACAUGAAGAGAGGCAUGUUUAUGUGCCUGUUUGCGAAGCAAGGACCAAACAUUGAAAUAGGUUUAGAACUUUUAUUGUGGAAAUGGAAUGGAGAUGAGAAUGAGAAUUGGAGGGGAGGAAGCCAAGUUCUGUAGAUGAAGGAUCCAACAGGUGGACUGUAGUGUAAUAACACAUAAUAACACAUAGCUGUGGUAGGCUGCUGUGGUGAUGGUGUAAUUCUGAAGUAUCUCAAUUUCUGUCUGUCUGGUGAAUGCAGGAAUCGGUCAUCGAGCCUGGGACCACAGCCUGGGACAACUGGGUGUCUGCAGACGCACCUGUGUACAGACAGUUCUGGCUCUUCGACGUGCAGAACCCACUGGACGUGGUGGAGAAUGGGUCAAAGCCAAAAUUGGUGGAGAAAGGGCCCUACACAUACAAGACGCGGUACCUGCCCAAAGAGAACAUCACGGCCAACCCAGAGAGCUACACCAUCUCCUUCCUGCUCCCUGCGGGGGCCAUAUUUGAGCCCUCCAUGUCUGUGGGGUCUGAGGAGGACAGUGUCACCUCCCUCAACCUGGCUGUGGCUGGUGGGUACAAGUUGUUUCCCCCAUGGGCACUGGAAGCUGCAAUAAAGUUAAACAACGUCUCACUCUUCCAGCAACGGACAGUGAGGGAAAUACUCUGGGGUUACAAAGACCCCAUUCUGAAAGGGAAACUGGGCCUCUUUUUUCCUUACAACGGCACCUAUGACGGGCCAUACAGUGUCUUCACAGGCAAGGAUGACAUCUCUAAAGUGUCUAUCAUUGACAGCUGGCAGGGGGAAAAAAAGGUGUCUUUCUGGAACAACACAUACUGCGACAUGAUCAACGGCACAGAUGGCUCGUCAUUCUCUCCCUUCCUGGACAAGAAGAAGCCUCUGUACUUCUUCUCCCCUGACAUCAGCAGGUCUGUGUCAGCUGAGUAUGAGAGGAGCCUGGACCUGAAGGGGAUCGAGGUGUACCGGUUCAAACUGCCCCCGCUCACCCUAGCCUCCCCUGCAGUCAACCCAGACAACCAGUGCUUCUGCACAGACUCCGUGGUCACUAAGAACUGCACAUUGGCCGGAGUCCUGGACAUCAGUUCCUCUCGUGGACAACCAGUCUACAUCUCCCUGCCUCACUUCCUGCAUGGUAGUCCAUACCUGGUUGAAGAUGUGGAGGGCCUUGGUCCUAGUGAGGAGAAUCACGUCACGUUCCUGGAUGUGGAACCGACCACAGGGUUCAGUCUGAGGUUCGCUAAGAGACUGCAGGUGAACAUGAUGUACGGCCCCUCCAAGAUCAUCACGGUGUUAAAGAAAGUGAAAGAUUACACCAUACUCCCUAUAGUUUGGCUAAACGAGACGGCAUCCCUGGAUGACGAGACAGCGGACAUGUUUAAGAAGGAGCUGUUGUCUCGUGUUGACAUGCUGGAGACGGUGCAGUUCACGCUGAUAGGCUUAGGGUCAGCAGCCUUUGUGCUCUGCAUAGUGGCACAUUGUUUGGUAAGCAGAAACAACAAGCGUGUGUGAGGGGGACAAUGCUGCUGUACAACAGAUGAACAGCGGGGGUACAAGGAUGUCAGUGUGCUGUAACUUCUCACUUUUAAUAUCACGCACGUUCAUCAUUUGUGUUAUUUACAAUUUCAAAAUUCUCGCUCUGACACAUAGCGAGGAUAUAUUGUAGACAUUGUGUGAGUUAGAAUGUACUUAUUUUUGUACAAAUCAUUAUAAACUGUUCUUUUAUGUUAUUGUAAUUUGAUUUGCACACACCUCCCUGCUAGAUUUUGAUCAGGGAUCUUGAAGCUAGAAUAUACGGCGUUUGAAAUUGCUAUAGCAUUCACGACUCCAAUCAAAAUAAAUCAAUGCCGAUUCAAAUGUGUUCAACUUAAGCUCGGCUCACACUGAAGUUGAGCCAUGAAUAUCAAUGGAGGCAGGAACUGGGAGGAAGUGAAGUCAUUUUUUUAUGAUACCCUGCUUCUCAAGGGGUCUUAAAUAGGAUUAUGACACGGCAUGAGUUUAGCAAAACUGUCCCACAUCCCCAUGUUCUCUCAUUACUGGAACAACUCGCUCUAUUGUACAUUUGAAGCAACAAUUAUUCAGUGUCUCUUUCACCUCAUGUGGCCCGUAAAUCAAAAUGAGAGUGAAAACACCCCCAUACGAUGAUUAUUCUGUGGUUUCUGCAUGGCACUUGGGUUUGUUUGGUGAGAAAGCACUGUUUUUGGUUUUAGGGUGUUUAAAAUGACAAUUUCCCGGUUCCCGGGGCUCUUUGAUACCUCUGUCUACUCUAGAUUGUACAGUAACAGUGGAAAGUGUUUAAUUGAGAUUGAAGGAGACAUCUUAACUUGCCUUAGUGCUCCUCAGCUCUCUAGCCUUCUCUGCACCAGAGAAGCCAUUUUCUUUCUACGCUAUAUUUUCUAAGAUGUGUGGCUGUUUGAAAAUGAAUAUUAAAUACUGAAUAUGAAUCUACAAAUGGAAACUAACCAAUAUGUAAUGCUAGUUCUAACACCAGCUACUGAUAUCUUCAUUUAAAUAUUCUGAAGGAAAGUAGGCCAGGCCUAAGUAUAAUUUCUCAAGUAUUUAAA